AUGGGUCAGAAACAAUCCAAGCUGUCGCCGCAACAACUGGAGGAGUUGCAAAAGUCGACGCAUUUUGACAAGAAGGAGCUCCAACAAUGGUACAAGGGUUUCCUCAAGGACUGCCCGUCGGGCACGUUAACCAAGGAAGAGUUCCAGAAGAUUUAUCGACAGUUCUUCCCCUUCGGUGACCCGAGUUCCUUUGCAGACUACGUCUUCAAGGUCUUUGACUCGGAUAAGAGUGGGACCAUUGACUUUAAGGAGUUCAUAUGCGCUCUCAGCGUGACCAGUCGUGGCAAGAUGGAGGAUAAACUGGAUUGGGCAUUCCAACUGUACGACAUUGACGGCGACGGCAAGAUCAGCUACGACGAGAUGCUGGCGAUCGUGGAGGCCAUUUAUAAAAUGGUGGGAUCGAUGGUAAAGCUCCCCGAAGACGAAGAUACGCCCGAGAAGAGGGUGAAGAAGAUAUUCAGAAUGAUGGACAAAGACGAGAAUGGAAGCCUCGACAUGGCCGAGUUCAAGGAAGGCAGUAAAAGGGAUGAGACGAUUGUGUCAGCGCUCUCGCUUUAUGACGGACUUGUAUGA